AUGAGCGAAGGUCUUUGCCAGCACUGCGUCAGUGGCGUCCGCCACGAGGGUACGCCCGAGGGCAAGAUUGAGAAGAUCGGCGGCAUCGAGUGCUACGUCGCCACUCCCUCCGGCGACUACGACAAGACGAAGGUCGUCCUCUUCUUGACGGAUGUCUUCGGUAUCCCGCUCAACAACAACAAGCUGCUCGCGGAUACCUUCGCAAGUAACGGCUACAAGACCGUCAUACCCGACAUCUUGAGCAACGAUGCAGUCGCCGAGGACGCGUUUAGCGCGCCGGGCAAGUUCGACAUCGGUGCCUGGUUCGCCAGCCACGGCCCGGACGUCUGGAAGCCCAUCGUGGACAGUGUCGUCGCGGCGCUCAAGGCAGAGGGCGUAACGCGCAUCGGCACGACUGGCUACUGCUUCGGCGCCCCUCCCGCGUUGUAUUUGGCGUACAGCAACACCAGCGCCGUGACCGUCGUUUCGCACCCAUCGCUGCUCAAGCCCGAGAGUUUGGAGCUGCGAGGUCGACCCCAGUUCCCGCCGGACUUCCAGGCGAAGUCGGACGAGAUCUUCAAGGGCUUCGCACCGGGCUAUGAGAGGACGUACUGGGACGGCUGCACGCACGGCUUCGCCGUCCGUGGCGACAUGAGCGACCCGAAGGUGAAGGCCGGCAAGGAAGGUGCCUUCGAGGCCGCCGUCAAGUUUUUCAAGAAGCACCUGUAA